AUGGCGGCCUUCAACAGAGUAGCUCGCAAUGUGCUACAGAAGAGCCCAAAUGAUGUUGUUCUGCUUUCUGCGGUACGGUCGCCUAUCAAUCGCAGCUUCAAAGGUGGCUACAAAGAUGCGCAUCCGGAAGACAUAUUGAUGCCUGUCAUGAAGGCUGCUGUGCAGAGAGCUCAAAUCGAACCCAAAGAUGUCAACGAUGCUAUGAUCGGAAAUGUCUUGGCUGAGCUCGGGUUUGCGAAGACUGGUCGGAUGGCCCUGAAUCACGCUGGCUUCCCGAGUUCGACUACCUUCCACACAGUCAACCGUCAGUGUUCUAGUAGUUUGCAAGCCAUUACCCAUAUCUCGCAUGCGAUCAUGGUUGGUCAAAUCGAUGUGGGACUUGCUGGGGGCGUCGAAAGCAUGUCUAGGAAUUACGGCUCGAGAGGCGUCCCGACUGAUGUCUCGCCUACAUUGCUGGGAUCAACCAUCAAAGAUGCGCGAGACUGCCUGAUGCCCAUGGGUAUCACAUCGGAAAACGUCGCAGAAAGAUACAAUGUUGACCGGAAGGCACAAGACGAGUACGCUGUCCAAAGCCAUGGCAGGGCAAGCCGGGCGCAGAAAGAAGGCAGAUUUGACUGGGAAAUCGUGCCUGUUACAGUGCAACGCAUAGACGAGACUACAGGCCAGCCCACAGGAUUCGAAGUCUCCAAGGAUGAUGGUAUAAGGCACGGCUUGACGUUCGAGAAGGUGUCGACGUUGAAGCCUGUGUUUGGCGAGAACGGCAAGAGCACCGCCGGAAACUCAUCUCAAAUCUCUGACGGCGCCUCAUCGACAAUACUCGCUCGUCGAUCCUGGGCAGAAGAGCGCGGGCUUACGCCACUAGGGCGUUUUGUUGGCACACAAGUUAGUGGGUGUGCACCGGAUGAGAUGGGAAUUGGACCCAUAUAUGCCAUUCCGGCUCUGCUCAAGUAUACAGGAACUGAGCUGAAAGACAUCGAUGUCAUUGAGUUGAACGAAGCCUUCGCUAGUCAGACAUUAGCAUGCAUGCGCGCUCUCGGCUUAGAUGAGGCAAAAGUGAAUCCCAACGGCGGUGCGAUUGCUUUGGGGCACCCCACUGGAGCGACGGGUGCACGUCAGACCGCUACUUUGUUCGGAGAGUUGCGUAGGCAAGACAAGGAGCUGGGCAUCGUUUCCAUGUGUGCGAGCACUGGCCAAGGCGUCGCGUCGUUAUUUGUGCGGGAGUCAUGA